UGACGCGUCCACAACGCCACCGCACAACGCAAAUCGCUCACUGCUCAUCGGAGAUCUCAGCUCGAAGAUCGCUUUUCGGAUCUAAACAUUCCUUGGAGUUGUUGCUUCAACAGACGCAACCUGAUCGGUUCGCUGUCGAUCGUUCUUUCUGCUCGUCAUUCAUUUGUUGUGCUUUGUUGUGUUUGUGUUUUGUUGUGCAAUUUAUUGUCGAAAAAUGCUUCCAAUCUGGAUUUGUGUACCGAGCUCUUAACGUUUGUCUUCUGUCUGCGCAUCGCGUGAGUGGCCUGCUGUCGAUCAACUUGACCUUUCUGCGCACUCUGAUAGCUCUGAAAUUCUUUUCAAAUUGUGUCUGCCACCGUAUCGUUUCGGAAAAAUGCCAUCACCAUAUGUGAUCUCUUUGAUCACGCUCCUCUGUCUCUGCUUGACUCCAGCGACCAUUGCCCAAGACUCGCUGCAGUUUGCGGAACGCAAUCAUAAGAAACGCCAAAUCUAUCGCGAGCAAGUUCUGCCUCAUGCUGGUGGCAAAGUGCCUGAAACCGCCUUCGAAACCGAUCGCCUCUUUCUGAAUCGGCUUCAAAAGGAGGGCAUUGCGCUUCCCGAUGGCAUUGUGCCCGAACAGCGUAGUCCGCAGGUCUAUCAAUACUACAACAAACCAACGCGUACCGUGUUCCACAUUGCCCUCAGCUCCGAUGGAAGGUAUACGCCCCGUGAGGGUCGCUACCAGUACCGAAAUGUGCCUACCGUGGAGACCACUUAUUUGUACCCCCAGGCUGUGGGUCGGCAGCACGUUCUGGUGCCUCCAAAGCAUGCUUUACCCGUCUACAGGCAGCUUCAGCUGCACAAUCCACUGCUGAAUCAAGUUAAAUUGCAGCCCAAGAAAAUGCCCAAUUUUCUUGACCUGGCACCCACUGUGGGCAAGAGCCACUACUCAUCACCAGCGGCCGGAUCGGCCAAGGCGCAGUCUUAUCAGAAUGUAAAUCUCCUGCAUGGUCAUAGUCCAGUGCUGCCCGCGUUCAAAAAGACCGCUAGAGGAAGCAAAACCUACGUGGACAGUUAUGGAACAACUCAUCUCUUCAGCGAGUUUGACGAUCUGUUGAACAAAUUGGAUUUGCAUCAGACGGCGCAAAAGAUUUAUUAGCAUUUUAAGAUGCUUCCAACUUUAGUAGAAUUUCCCAACAUACCCAUUAUCUAACUGCAUAUCAUUUCAAAACAUUGGCCAUAUAAAUACUAUACACCCACUCCCUUCCAUACACCGAUGAAUGCUUUCCCAUUCCUAUUAUUGCAAGCUAUCCAGCACGCCCCCACAAACCUCCCAUACCAUUAUGCUUAGUGUAUUAUAGAGUGUAAGCCCAAACAAAAAAAAUACGAAAUGGAAAUGAAAAUUCAUCGUU